ACUAUAAUAUUGCUAUUUUUGCAUCAUGGCAAGACCACGAAGCAUGACUUUGGAGGAGAUUCACGCCUUCCUUGAUGUGGAGUCGGACUUCAACUUCGAGGAGAUUGGUGAUAGUGGUUCAGAGUCUGGCAGCGUGGACUCCGAGGUAGAGGAUGCAUUCGCGGAGGGCAUGGAUGUCCUCCUUGACUUUGCUGAACCAUCUGCCCCUCUGCCUCGCUCCCUCACCUCCAGUGACCCUUUGGAAGGGACCUCAGCUACAGCCCCACCUGUCAGGCCUCCAGCGUCUCCCCCCAUCGCCACUCCUGGUACCUCUGCCACUGGUCCCUCAGCCAGCACUAGUGCACCUCAGCAUCGUGCAAGAGGCCCAGCUCCAGCCCCAGCCUCAACUCCAUGCCCUCCUGCAGCAAGGUGUAGUGCCAGGUGUGGCAAGCGCCCAGUCCCAGCCUCAACUCCAUGCCCUCCAGCAGCAAGGCGUGACAAGCGCCCAGCCCCAGCCUCAACUCCAUGCCCUCCUACAGCUGCUGCGUGCCAGGCAUGGCAAGCCCCAGCUCAAGCCCCAGUGGAGAGUGACCCCCCAGUGGACAUGUGGCAUGAUGCAGACUGGGAAGAUGUGGAGCCUCCUCCUUUCAAGUUCUGUCCCAAGAGACACAGAGAGCUCUAUGUGCCCUCCAAAAUCUUGAUAGUGGGGAAAAAACAGCUCAUGACCUAG